UCGCGAGAAGAUAAGCAGGAAGCUGAGGAAGCGUGUGUUUGUGUAACAUGUUAGGAAAGGCGACCAGUGCCCUUUAGUGCAAUGACAAAACUGCAUACAUGGCGGGACGAUUGAAGAAACAGUUGAAAGAAGCCGUGAAGGUCAUCAGCUCAGGUAGCCUUCUGUUUGCUUCCUACCUCACUGUGGUUGGAGAUGAGCGUUUCUAUGCCAACCAGCUGAUGCCCCUGCUGCAGAGGAUUGUGGGGGCAGAGACGGCACAUGUGUUGGCAGUGAAGACGAUCGGUCUGGGUCUGGUGCCUCUGAACCGCUACCAGGACCCCGCAUCAUUGGAAGUGAACGUCCUCGGAUUAAAGUUCAAGAACCCUGUUGGGAUUGCGGCAGGCUUCGACAAGCACGGCGAGGCAGUGGACGGCUUGUACAAACUGGGCUUCGGCUUUGUUGAAGUUGGGACGAUCACUCCCAAACCACAGGACGGGAACCCCAAACCUCGCGUGUUUCGACUCUCUGCAGAUAAGGCGAUUAUAAACAGAUAUGGAUUCAACAGCUGUGGUUUGGAAGAAGUGCAGAAUAGGCUGAAGGCCAGAGAAGAAACGCAGCAAGAGCAAAGUAAAGUUGGCCUUCCCCUGGGCAUCAACCUGGGGAAGAACAAGCUGUCUCGGGACGCAGGGGCAGAUUACUUGGAGGGGGUGAGAGUGCUGGGUCCCCUGGCUGACUAUCUGGUGGUCAACGUCAGCAGUCCCAACACUCCGGGUCUCCGUGAUCUACAAGGGAAGGCUGAGCUCCGCCAGCUCCUCCAUACAGUGUUAAAGGAGCGUGAUGCCCUGCAGGAAGAACGCAAACCUCCGGUGCUGGUGAAGAUCGCUCCGGAUCUCACUGCCCAGGACAAACAGGACAUCGCUGAUGUUGUUACUGAGCUGGGAGUGGAUGGUUUAAUGGUGUCUAACACCACUGUGUCGAGACCAGAGUCGCUUCAGGACCCGCACAGGUCUGAGGUCGGUGGGCUGAGUGGAGAGCCUCUCAAAGACCUCUCUACCAGCACCGUCAGGGAGAUGUACAGCCUCACACAAGGUAAAGUUCCAAUCAUUGGAAUCGGAGGUGUGGCCAGCGGACAGGAUGCGAUGGAUAAGAUCCGUGCUGGUGCUUCUUUAGUUCAGCUCUACACUGCUCUGACCUAUCAGGGUCCACCUGUAGUGAAGAAGAUAAAGCGAGAACUGGAACAACUACUAAAGGAACAAGGUUUCAGCAAUGUUUCUGAAGCAGUUGGAGCUGAUCACAGGGAAGCAGACGGGUCGACUUCUAAGAAGAGCUCGCUGUAAGAGUAAAUGGUAAAUGUUGACACAGACAUCUGUAGCUGCCGUCUCCUCCAACAAGGCAACACGAUUGUCAGCUUUUCCCAAACUCUGGUCAAUGCAGAGUAUUUGUGAUGGUCCAUCUUGAUUUCCAGGGUGGGAGAUAAAUUAUGGUCUGAACUGCCUUCACAAGAUUUCACCAUAUGUGAAAAUUAGAAGUCAAUAAUGAUAAAUCUUUACAUGCUGCAUCUACAGUAUUAAGAGGCUGAGGUCUGUAACUUGAUUUCAGGUGUUUAUUUUUUGUUACAGUGUAACAGCAGUUAGUGUUUCUCAAACUGACCCACUGACACCAAAGUCUUUAAGACUUUUCAGUCACUUCCUGCCAACUGUUUUCUUGUGUGUGAAGAAAGUAAUCUGCCACAAUGAUGUGUGGUUAAGACAGUAAAUUCAUUGCCAUCCAUUUUAGGAACUGUCUAAUUGAAUAGAAACUAUCAAAAACUGACAUUGUGUUAAGUUUUUUUGUGCCUCUAAAACAAGUAGUGGAGCAAGGCGUGUGGAAAUGCAGUAAGGUGAUAUUUAGCAUGGUGCUGUACAGAACAAAACAGUUAAACACAACAACAGCUCAAAUGUUAUUUGGGUUAUUUAUUCUGCACUGCGCUGGUACCUCAGAAGCACUAAAUAAAACCUGUUUUACCUGUUUUUCUAUCGAAUGUCAUGAUUUGAUUUUGAAGUGCAAAACUGAAAUGUUCUAGAAAACAAAAGCCACAAUGUUCAGUGUUCAGAAGAUGCUGGGCUGAUAAAUAAUAGACUUCUUGUAGUCCUCUCAGACAGCAGAUACAUGCAUGCCUCCUUUUAUGCAUUAUAGGUAUAGAAAAGUCUGCACUUUAGGCGAACUCGGCACAAGAUUUUCUGGAGAUUUCAGAAUUUUCCACUGUGUUUGGACACCAUCGUCCUUCAAAUAUAAAUGUUGUAAUGAUGAAAUAUACAGAUGUGGAUGAUGGAGAAUCUCUUCUACAGUCUCUCCUCAUAGCAAGCAUUUGUUUUGAGGACCGUUUGCCUUUCUAGAACAUGUGGUUCUUGUGUCUCAGUGUGAACAGUUAAUGGGACAAUAUAUAAUUGCGAGAUUUUUUGUAACGUAGUUGACAUUUUUGCUGUUUUCAGGCUUAAAAUCAACGUGUUAGCAUAUAACCAAAUACCACAUGGCAUUUAUAAAGAAAGAUACUUCUAAAUAUUAUACAUACAAUUGAGUAAAAUUUAAAUUGAAAGUUAUUUAUAAAGAUAUUGUAGUAAACCUCUUGACAUGCCAUAAAUCCACAUCUCUUUAUAUUAAAUGGCUCAGAAAG